GUCAGGUGACCGGCUGCCGCGGAAGCGCUCGUGCCUUCGGCCUGCGCCUGCCGAGCAACGCCGGAAAGAGCCGAACCCGGCCGAACCCAGCCGAACCCGCCCGAACCCAGCCGAACCGGGCCGAACCGAGCCGAACGUCCCCCAGCAUCCCGGUCCUUCCCUUCCGCAGCCAAACCAUGGCUUGGACCAAUUACCAGUUGUUCCUGGCCGCCCUGAUGCUGAUCACUGGCUCCAUCAACACGCUGUCUGCCAAAUGGGCUGACAACUUUGUGGCCAAGGGCUGCGGAGGGAGCAAGGAGCACAAAUUCCAGCAUCCUUUUCUUCAGGCGGUAGGCAUGUUCCUGGGGGAGUUCUCCUGCCUGGUGGCCUUCUACCUCCUGCAGCUCCGGGCUCGGCAGCGGGUGGACCCCGGGACAGAGCCCCCCCAGCCCUUCAACGCCCUGCUCUUCUUGCCGCCGGCCCUCUGUGACAUGACAGGAACCAGCAUCAUGUAUGUGGCCCUGAACAUGACGAGUGCCUCCAGCUUCCAGAUGUUGCGGGGAGCCGUGAUCAUCUUCACGGGGCUGCUGUCCGUGGCCUUCCUGGGGCGGAAGCUAGUGCUGAGCCAGUGGCUGGGCAUCUUCACCACCAUCGCGGGGCUGGUGGUGGUGGGCAUGGCGGACCUGCUCAGCAAACACGAUGACCAGCACAAACUCAGUGAAGUCAUCACGGGGGACCUUCUGAUCAUCAUGGCCCAGGUGAUCGUCUCCAUCCAGAUGGUGCUGGAAGAGAAGUUUGUCUACAAGCACGAUGUACACCCGCUGAGGGCUGUGGGCACAGAAGGAUUCUUUGGCUUUGUGAUCCUCUCUCUGCUCCUGGUGCCAAUGUACUACAUCCCCGCGGGGGCUUUCAGCGGGAACCCCCGAGGCGUGCUAGAAGAUGCCCUGGAUGCCUUCUGCCAGGUGGGCUGGCAGCCGCUCAUCACCCUGGCCCUGUUGGGCAACAUCAGCAGCAUCGCGUUCUUCAACUUUGCCGGCAUCAGCGUCACCAAGGAGCUGAGCGCUACCACCCGCAUGGUCCUGGACAGUCUGCGCACGGUAGUCAUCUGGGCUCUGAGCCUGGCCCUGGGCUGGGAGACCUUCCACGGGCUGCAGGUGCUGGGAUUCCUCGUGCUCUUGGCAGGCACCGCCCUCUACAACGGGCUGCACAGGCCCGUGCUGGCCCGGCUGGCCCGGGGCCAACUGAGAUUGGGGGAGAGCGAGCGGCAGAGCCUGCUCUCCGGCAACCGUGCCCCCAUUAAUGACACCAACUGAGUUGUCCGCCAACCCGUAGGACUCGGCCGUGAACUGAAUCCCUCACUCCAGAGUGUCUCCUCCACCACACCUCCUCUCUAAAGAUGAAGAGGACCCGAAUCCCUGAUCCCGGCAGCCUGCUGGGUCACAGGUUGCUUUCCCCUUGGAGAUGGCCCCCCACCAUAGCUGUCUUCUUUCACUGGUCCUGCCCAUUCCUCAUCUCUGCCUGGACCUUAAUUGCGGAGAGCCACCACCACCCUGCCCUCUCAGCUGGUGUCACCCAUCCCCUUCUCCUGGGACACAAAUCACCAGUCUCCUUGACUUGGGUAACGUGUUAAAGGCCGAGUGCGUCAGGCCUCAGCAGAGGCCUGUGGCUCCCUCUUCUCUCUACCACCCUUCCUUCCUUCCUUCCUUCUGCUUUCUGAGGAUCCACAGACACCUGGAAGAGAAAACUUGGCUCGGCCCACUGCAUAGUGCCAGCAGGGGAACUGUGGGUUUCUGCCAUGCCCAUGGCCAGAUGGGCAGCCAGUCCUUCUUAGCCCUGGUCCUGGUGGGCUCCAGGACACGAUAACCAAUCCAAAAACCAUCAAACUAAAGACUGAAUCAACCCAUCUAAUCAAAUGUUAAAUCAUCAGCACACUGAGAAUCAACUGAAUCCACUAUGCGUUUGAUUUCCUUGCACAAAAUCCACUUUUUGUUUUUUCUCAGUGUUUGAUUGGGUCAAUUGGCCUCUAAUGUUUGACAUAGUUGACAAAGUGAUCUAAGGAAUGCUUCGCCUUGUAGUUGUUUGACUUUUGAGCAGUUUACUCCCAGAUGCCAGGGGCCUGGGUUUAUGCUGCCCACCUGGAGAAAAAUGCUCAGAACCACUCCACUCUCUAGGCUGAGAAAGGGCAGGACCUUGCGGGGGUGAGCAAUGCCACUAAAAGCGGGCACCACCCUCAUUCACCGUGUGUCCUGUUUACUCGGAGUUCAGUUUGAUGGAGGCCGUUGUCGUCUAGGAAGGACGUCU